CUAAAAACUACCCAUACUUCGAGUCUAUAGAUUAGGGUUUUGAGGAACUAAAAAGCUUGACGAGAGAGAGGUCGAGGGAGGCGCCGAAGAAGUAGAUUUCAAUCUUCGUUCCACAGCUGCGCCAACAUGGGUAUCUCAAGAGACUCGAUGCACAAGAGGCGUGCCACUGGAGGCAAGAAGAAGGCUUGGAGGAAGAAGAGAAAGUAUGAGCUUGGCCGUCAGCCUGCAAAUACCAAACUCUCAAGCAACAAGACAGUCAGGAGAAUUCGCGUGCGAGGAGGCAAUGUGAAAUGGAGGGCUCUUAGAUUGGACACUGGAAAUUACUCUUGGGGCAGUGAAGCUGUCACCCGCAAAACACGUAUUCUUGAUGUUGUCUAUAAUGCCUCAAACAAUGAGCUUGUCAGGACACAAACUCUGGUGAAAAGUGCAAUUAUUCAGGUGGAUGCUGCCCCAUUCAAGCAAUGGUACCUUCAGCACUAUGGCGUCGACAUUGGUCGGAAGAAAAAGGCAGCAGCUACCAAGAAGGAAGCAACAGAGGAGGGUGAGACUGGCGAGGAAACAAAGAAGAGCAAGCAUGUCCUCAGGAAGCUUGAGAAGCGCCAGGAAGGACGCAAGCUUGAUCCCCACAUUGAGGAACAGUUUGGCUCUGGUAGAUUGUUGGCUUGCAUUUCUUCAAGGCCUGGCCAAUGUGGCAGAGCUGAUGGUUACAUCUUGGAAGGAAAAGAGCUCGAAUUUUAUAUGAGGAAACUUCAGAGGAAGAAAGGCAAAGGUGCUGCUGCUGGUGCUGCCGCUUAAAAAGCACUCGCAUUGGGCACUUUUACUUUCUUGCAUAUGCAUGAGUCAAUUUGUUUCAGGCUGUGUGUGUCAUCAGUUGUUAUCUUUCUAGGAGAUGUGGCUUCUCAUAUCGAAUAGGAAAAUCUGAAAACUUAUGACUUGUUUAUCCAGCUAGCGAUAGACAGUUUUGCCUUGUAUGUUGUGGGGUUCAGUUUUGAGCUCAAAUAUAACAUUGUUUUUUUCAAUGCAUUGCCCAUUAUAUAAAGAUUUUUGCUGGUUAGACA